GUCUCAUUGAGCGGGAUAUGACCGUUGCUAAAAUGGCACCGCCAACUGCUCCUCUAGUUCCCGACAAGAGAAUUGUAACAAACGGCCGCAGCUCACCAGCCAGGACUGGAAAACCAGCUCCGGCUAACGUGGAGAAGAAGCCGCUCUUAAAUGGAUUUGCAUCGCCUUCACACUUGGUGGCUCAUGUCAGUACCAACCAUGUGGGCAAACCAAUGGUCGAAGGUUUCUUGAAGACAGACGACAGGAUGCGUUUAGCCAAAGAGAGACGAGAGGAGAGGGAGAGAAACCUUGCGGCCCGAGAGCAACUGAUCAGGGAGAAGGAGCGGCGAUCUCAGCUGCAGUAUGAGCGCACGGUGGAGGAGCGCUGGAAGCGUCUUGAGGAGCAGAAGCACAAAGAAGAGCUCCGCAGGGCCGCGGUGGAAGAGAAGCGAAGGCAGCAGAUGGAAGACGAGAGGGAGCGGCUGAAGGCCCUGAUGAGACGCUCUCUAGAGCGCAGCCUACACCUGGAGCACAGACACAAACGCUGGAGCAGAGGCUACCCUGCAGGAGCAGCGCCCUGCAGCCCUCGCAGGUCACCUUUGAGCAGCUCACGCAGCCCCGCUGAUCCCCACAGAGCAGCGGGAGUCCUAGAAGGCUCCCGCUCCACUCCCAACACACCCAAGAAAGAGCGUCUGCACAGGGAAAGACGAACCGCCUCCCCGGGUUGUGGAUUCAUCCUGAGAAGAUCUGAAUCUCCUCACAUCCCCAAACAGCUGACCUCUGCAACUACUUCCAAGCUGGCUUCUACGAAGCGCACUCAGUCUCCUAGCAACAUCCACGAGUACCACCACUCCCCCUCUAGACAUCGGUCCACCCAUGUCAUCAAGAAACAUGACGAUAAAAAUAUGGAAAGACACGACAAGUUAUCUGCAGGGAAAAACAACCUCCACAUACCCAAUUCGACUGACCUCGGUAAAACCAGAUCUUCUGAAGGCUUCAAGGGUGACACACCAGAGAAGAAAGUGGAGCAGAAGAAGACAGAGACUGUCAGUCAUAGUGGAGAUAAGAAAAGAGAAUCAUCGCCAUGCAUGGUCACAGGGAAAGCGGCAGCCAGCAUAACCAAUGCUGAGGACGCCAGCCGACUGUUAGCGGAGCGUAGACGCCAGGCCCGGGCGCAGAAAGAACAAGAGGACAAAAAGCAAAUGCAAGCAGAUGAAGAAAGGCUAAAAGAAGAACAGCUGAGGAGGCAACUUGCACAAGAGCAGCAGCAGCAGGAGCGCAAGGACGCGGCAAAAAAUAAUGCAGAAUCUCAUAAGAUGAAGCAAGGAGGAGACAUGGGACAGGAGGAUGUGCAGGAGAAAGAGUUGAUGGACACAGAGAGACAAAAGGCCAAAGUUCAAGCACAAGAGAAAGCCGAGCGUCAGCGUCAAGACCGAGAGCAUCAGGUGCAGCAGGAGGAGGAAGAAAGGCAGCUGAGAAAAAAGAGAAUCGAGGAGAUAAUGAAGAGAACGAGGAAAGGUGACGCUGACGUGAAGGACGAACAGGUGGAGACCGAGUCACCACCAGAAAAGGGAAAAACUGGUCAAAGUGAAGCUCAGGAAUACUUUAAAGAGGGUAAAGAGCAGGUCACAAGACAGGGCGGGACAAAAGGGAAGAAAGAAGCUUCAGCACAGAUGGAUCAUCAUGGGGACAUCAGCACUCAACAAGUAAUGCCAGCACACAGUGUUCCUGACAAGAGGCUGGACACCAGGGAAAGAGAGGACAAGGAGGGUGUGCAACACCAAAGAGGGGUACUGGUGAACAAGCAGCCCAAAAUGGGCAUAGUAAAAGCCAUGGAUCCUUUUAAUAAAGCACCAACAGAUGUCAAUAGUCAGCAAAAGGAGAUGAACGGAGUGGUCAGGGAUGCAAAGACAGGCCACGUGACAGUGGAGGUAAGCAAACCACAUGUGGGAAAUCCUGAAGGAUCGCCAAAGCUCAGAUCACCGCCUGUCAUACACCUACAGCCACUGGAGGUGAAGCACUUUUGUGAUGAGUUGCAGCCAAUGGAUGUCAGCCCCGCUUCCAAGGAGGAAUUGAUUUCCAUCCCAGAAUUCUCGCCGGUAAAUGAAAUCCAACACUGCGGGAUAAGUAACAGCCGAGCCCUCCGGGACCUAAUGGACCUGACAGGCAGCGUCACAUGCUCCAAAGUCACCUCUGAAGGCAACAUAGGUGACUGCAACAAGAACCUGAUCGAGGGGGUCGUCAGCCCAGUGUCAGAUUCUAAGCUCACCGCGACGUCAAAUCAACUUAGCAUCCGCUAGCGCAACCAUAACAAUAGAUAUCACAUUUAUAAACCGUAUCACUAGGUAUAUGGGAAGAGAGCCAUAGUCUGCACCUACUAACAAACCCUUGCAGCUUUACAGUAAAAUAAAGCAGGGGUGGGUAUUUAAAAUACUUUAUGGGAAUAUUCUGAACUCCGGUUUUCAUGCCAGUGUGGUAUUGAGCAGCGGUGGUACCUUAGUUUUUUUUUAGGAAUCUUUCGCCAAAAUAUUGCCCCGGUUUUUGGUCUCGUUUAUCGUACGGCCAAACAUUGCACCUAACAAACUAGUCUGUUUGUUUAGAAUUGAGUGCCCCAAAAAAGAAUCCCACGCGUUAGGGACUUUUUGUUUUGUUGUGUUAUUAAUACAUUGUAUGAGUCCAACUGUGUUAAUAUUAUUUAUUUCAAAUCUUGCUCUCAACUCUCCCACUCGGAAGUCAUUCUCAGCAUCGUCACCCUUCGGUGACAUCAUCUCUUGGUGACUCUGUGGGUCUUUGCUAACUAACACAGUCAAAUCGCAAUUCCAAAUACGGCUGCAAAUAACCCACAAAAGCCAGAAUAAUGGGGGCCAGAGAAAGUUGCGAGUGUCAGCAUGUGAUGUUACAUGUUCAUUUAUCCAUUACAAUCGUCAUUUGUAUUUAUUCUGCAUUGUUUUCUGCAUGUAAAAUUAACUUUUCUGCGUAAAAUGUGUUUGUGUUCAUAGUUUUGGGUGUCUGGAACAGUUAUAUUGGAUUUGCAAUAUUUUAGGAAAAAUUGCUUUGGUUUUUAUACAGUUCAGUCUUCUUUCAACCUUUUGGAAUGGAUUACAGUAGUACCUCAAUUUAUGAUCUUAACUAGUUCUGUGACAGAGCUGUUAACUCAUAACGCUUGCAUCUCAAAUCAAUGUUGAAAUGAUUGAAAUCAAUUUAGUAGGUGUUUGGCAACCCAAAAUAGGGCAUUUUUAACAUCUAACAUGCCAGCUUAAAAGAAAAAACAAACUAUUAGAUAAGAAAUGUUGCAUUGAAACAAUACAAUAGAACAAUGAUUCUCAAACUGUGGUACAUGUACCAUUAGUGGUACGCCAAAGAAUCACUUGAUUAGAGUACAGUGUUUUAUUUUCCUUUAUUCACACACAGUGUUACUGUUCAAACUGUGUGUAACAAUACAGUGACCAAAAAUAUAAAAUAUACUUGUUAAAUAAAACCAUUGCUUUGUAUUAAUGAAUACUUUGGCAUUGUGCACUACUGUAAUUUAACGUUGGUCAUUUUGGUGUUACUUGGAGAGCCAAGUUUUUUCUGAGGUAGUACUAGAUGAAAUAGUUUGAGAACCAUUGCAAUAGAAUAUACUGGUAACAACUCCAGUAAUUGUUAUACUAAUAAUAAUGUUCAACAUUUAUCUAGGAGAGUGGACUUGUAUGGCGACUCCUUUCAGCUGUGUCUCCGUCAAACACUCCAUCAGCAGCUUUUCCAUAUUUUCAUGAAUACGUUACGUUGUUAAUUCAUGAAACUUCUGCUAUUUAUAGAUUGUCUAAUCAUUCACGGUUUGCAUUCGACACAGUCUGGUACACAUUCUGUCACGGUUUUAAUGAUUCCUUUCUUUAAUUCAACGACUCUACCCUUGCCCGGAUGCAGACAGCUCUUAUCUCAAAACAUUCUACAGUUGGGGCACUCUUUAAUUUGAGGUAUCACUGUACUAACAAAAAACGAGGUACCACUGUUAUACUGUCAUAGUGGAAGAUUGUGGAGGAUUGUGUGUAUGUAGCUCAACUUCCUGUGGCCGUCAUAGCUUUCUUUAUGCAGCUUACUCGGACUUAGCAGUGCCUCUGUUUGUUGCGCAAAGAAGUGCACUGCAUUUUGUCUCGGUUGCAUCAAAGCACAAUUUAGCGACAAUAAUUUUUUAAAUAUAUCGUUCAUCCCUAAGUGAAAGUAAAUGAAUCAAAAGUGUUAGUCAGGCUUUUGAAUAUGGAACAAAUGUACAGAAAGUUGAAGGACUUUAAAGAGUCUCAAGACUAUACUGAGACGUCUAAAUAGAAUGUAAGAUAACGAAGUUGAUACUAUUGCUUAUUAAAAUGGGACUGCAGCCUUUAUUGAAUCAUUUAUAUGAACAAAUUAGAUCUUGCUUUUAAUGUUUAGACAAAAGUAUUGCAAUGAAAUAUCGUUAUUUUAUAGACAUAAUCAGUUAUUAACUUCAUUCAAUAGAUAUCUAUGUGAAGAAAUAAGACUUCAAUGCUGCAGUGAAAUCACUGCGCUCCUUAAAAUGCUUGCUCAACUCAUUAAAAAAAAAAAAAAAACGCUCUUAACUUUCAGUCUUAAACUGUACGUCCGGUAUAGAAACAAACGCCUUAUGUAGAAAUUCUCAAUAUAUGGUCAAUUUGCAAAUCAUUGUUUCUCUUACUAUAUUUUGUUUCACCAUGCAGGAAAAACAUUGACCUUUAAGUGUGUGACCUGUAAUACUUGAACCUCAUUUGCCCAGCUGUUUUCUUGCACAUGUUGUUGUGUAGACUAAUGGCAUUUAUUUUAAAGACUAAAUAUUUGCUUUGCAGAAAUGUUAAACUAAAAGAAAGAGGCAUCUGAUAUUUCAAAAUAAUCUCGCUGUAAAGUGAAUUUAAAGCUUCUGCUGUAGAGUUGUGCAAGGUUGGCAUGGUCAUAGCAAUGGCAAACAAUAAAAUAUAAAUGGUCAACAUUGUGUUUUCAUUGUUUAUACACUCAGGGGUGUCUUUUUUUCACUGAGGGCUACAUGCAUAAAAAUUAGAGCAUGGAUCUCAUUUUGAUGCAUUUUGCACAUUAAAGUGGUUAAAACAAUCCAAUGUAGGCCAUACUAAUAUCUCUCACCUUACUUGUUCACGCGCUAUACCUCAUCAGACUUCAGGCAUGACUCCAACCGCUGCCAUCUGCAGAAGUUCUCAGUCGACUUCGCAGUGGUGGGAUAUGUGUCUGAGGGGAGCGAGUUAGUAAAUUGAUUAAGAGAGCUGACUCUGUCCUAGGCUGCCCACUAGACAGCAUUUAGGAGGUGGCCGACAAAAGAAAGCUGACAUCCACAAUGUCCAAUCCCUCUCACCCUCCGGCACUGUGGAGGCCCUGAGUAACUCCUUCAGCAUUAGACUGUCUGUUACAGUGCAAGAAGGAGCGCUAUCGCAGGUCCUUUCUUCCCACAGCCAUAAGACUUUACAAUGCACUUAUGUGAUUACUGUGAUGUUUUUUUUCGUGGUGUGCAAUAACAAUGUUUGUGUUUUUUUGUUGUAUUUUAUCUUCUAUCCAUAGAUUUUAGUUGUUCCAAUGUAUUGUUUGAGUUCCUCAAUUCAAAAAGUUCUCAACGUGCUUUAAUCUCUUGUGCCUGCUGGGUAUGUCUUGUCAUCCCUCUUUUACUUAAAUCAUUUUAACCUUAAAAAGUCAUGCAACUUUCUUUGAUAUGUUUAUAUGUGCUGUUUGAGCCAAAUGGCCUUUAGUUCCUUGAGUCCUUGAAUGUAGUAGUAACAUUGACAUCAUUACUGCCUAUCUCUGGAAUCAGUCAUGUACUAUUCAUGCUCUUUCACUAUGACACUUUGACCAAAAAAUGACAAAAACAGACUUCCAUAAUUUGUUUUCUAUUUGGUUGCAUGCAUUAUAACACUGAAUGCCUGAGUCAUACCAUUUCCCAUGCAAUCACAGCUGUAAACAUGCUCUCAAAUACAAACAGGUAUAACCGGUCAUAUCACACUUUCACUCUCUGAUCUUUUUUAAUCCCUCACAUUUUUUAUCUCCAAACCCAUUUGUAUCCUAUCUAGUACAAAUUACCUAACCUAGCCAGGUAAUGUUUAGGAAUGUAUGAGUCUAAAUCAUUGAAUAAAUAAAUAUACUACCAGAAAGUGCAUGUUCCACACAGAAGACUGAAUGAAAAAUACUUCUCCAUCCAUCCAUUUUCUACCGCUUGUUCCGUUUGGGGUCAUAGAGGGUGCAGGAGCCCAUCUCAGCUGCAUUCAGGCGGAGAGCGGUGUACACCCUGGACAAGUCGCCACUUCAUUGCAGAGCCAACACAGAUAGACCAUAUUCACUCUCACAUUCACACACUACGGCCAAUUUAGUGUUGCCAAUCAACCUAUCCCCAGGUGCAUGUCGUUGAAGGUGGGAGGAAGCCGGAGUACCCGGAGGGAACCCA